AAUCUCUCUCACACACACACACACUCAGUAUCUCUCACAUACACGUUCGCUCUCUCUCGCGCUCUCUCUCUCACACACACACACACGCGCGCGCUCACGCUUUAAUCUGGCGGAGGAGAGGGAGCAGGCGAGUGGAGCGCGCGCUGCAGACGAGGAUGGGAGCCCUUCUGUCCACAUAAUCUCAUGCAGCGCUCGAGCGUCGAGGACAAGAAGUGUAACCUGCACGCGCCGACCUGCAGCUGUGCACCAUGAGGACAGCCAUGCGCCAUGGAGCUGCUGUGUUUCUGGCCAUCACCAUGUGCACCAGCUUAUUCUUCGUCUACAACGUGAAUAACAGCGACGGGGGGAGAUCCAGCGACGGGUCGGCCCAGACGGUGAAGCCCACCAAAGCUCCAGCCAGACCCCGGCCGGCUCCUCCAGCCCUGCAGGGAUACACCAGCAUCAUCGACCACAGCCCUCUGAAGAUGCACUGUGGAAGUUGUGCGCUGGUCACCAGCUCUGGUCACCUGACAGGUGGAGGGCGGGGCCAGGAAAUCGACCAGGCGGAGUGCGUCAUCCGAAUGAACGAUGCUCCCACCGGCCGAGGCUUUGGGCUGGAUGUGGGUCACCGCACCAGCCUGCGGGUGAUCGCUCACUCCAGCAUGCAGCGGGUCCUGCGCAGCCGUCAUGAGCUUCUCAACUCCAGCCAGGACACUGUCUUCAUAUUCUGGGGUCCCAGCAACUACAUGCGGCGAGACGGGAAGGGACUGGUCUACAACAACCUGCGGCUGAUGAACCAGGUGCUGCCCAAGCUCAAGGUCUACAUUAUCUCCUGGCAGAAGAUGCUGCAGUUCGACGACCUCUUUAAGAGAGAGACGGGCAAAGACAGGAAGAUAUCUAACUCCUGGUUGAGCACGGGAUGGUUCACCAUGACCAUAGCGCUGGAGCUGUGUGACCGAAUCAAUGUUUACGGCAUGGUGCCUCCAGACUUCUGCAAGGAAGCGCAACGUCCCUCCGUUCCGUAUCACUACUACGAGCCUCUGGGACCAGACGAAUGUGCCAUGUACAUCUCCCAUGAGCGCGGGAGGCGGGGCAGCCAUCACCGCUUCAUCACUGAGAAACGUGUCUUUGCUAACUGGGCGAGGACUUACAACAUCCAUUUCUACCAGCCGGACUGGAGUCCGCCACCCCUGCCCAAAAACACCACUGGAACUACAGCUCAGUCACGGAGAACGUGACUCUAAAGAGGACGUCUUAUUAAAAGGAGCACGGAGAACACUGGCUGAAGUUAAAGUGGCUGAAAAGUGCUCUGCUCAGAAACUGGUAGGUCCUGGGAAGCAAUUCUCGCGCUGUGCCUCGGACAGCCCUGAGCCGGACGCCUUUCCCUUUUCGGCACUUUUUUUUCAUAUUGGAAUAAAUGGGAUGAUCAGAGAAUCACAUGCUCAAAAGGAGAUAAAAAAGCAUGUGAUUGUCCGCUCUGCGCUAUUAAAGAACAUAAACAGUAAGAGAAGCAAUUACUGAUACCUUAAAGUAAGGUCAGUUAUGGUCAGCACUUCCUUACAUGCUUAUACAGUAUACUGUACACUUAACUGAUGGAGUUCCACAGGGUUCUGUCUGAGGACCACUGCAGGUUUGGCCAAACACAGAUACCCACAGAUACCCAGCAUGUGUAGAAGACUGUGUAGAAGCAAAGCCCAGGACAGAAUAUGUCAAAAGCCAAAAUCUGGAUGGGAUUAGUUUCUCAGGGGGUCUUGGAGUCAUUUUCUCUGUGAUUUUAUUCCUGUCCAGAACGACCAUUUAGGUGAUGUUUUUUUUUUUCUCAGACGUCUUCUGAGAAAAUUACAGGCUGAAUUAUCUACUGUUUUUCUUUGAACUCCGUGGUCCUCUAGUAAUUUUAGUCCUGUCCUGAUGGACAUUUCUGAGUUUUAUCACCUCAUGUUUAAUAAAACAGCUAUUUGUCCACUGCCGCGCACCGUAAUUACACUUUGGGCGUGCUCUGUUUCCAUGGAGAUCCACGUUAAAACUCAAUAGAGAGUGGAAAUGGAGGAGCUACUGAUGGAGAGAUGUGUUUCCAUACGGACUCCCACAAAGUAGUUCAUAGUAUUUCAUUGAGAGGCUUAACACAUAUUUUUUUUUUUUACAUUUUAGGGGGACUUUUAUUUUGACAAUGACAAUUAAAAAUUAGUUUUGGAUUUGUUUUGGCCAAGAGUUGCUAGAAUCACAAUGCUAAAUCACUGGUCCUCCAGUUUUUCAAUUGCAGUCCGGAUGCUAGAGUUUUAUCACAGAGUAGUACCCACUGUUUUUCUCUAAACUCUGUGGUCCUCUGGUGAUUUUAGUCCUGUCUGGAGUCACAUCUCCAAGUUUCACCACCUCCCAUUUAAAAAAUAGCUAUUUGUCCACUGCCAUGCACCGUAAUUACACUUUGGGUGUGCUCCGUUUCCAUGGAAAUCCAUGUAAACACAACAGCGAGUGGAAAUGGAGGAGCUACUGUACUCCGCGAUGUCAUGUGACCGAGAAAGACGACAAAAAACACACUGGUCCUCUUGUUUUUUCAUUUGCAGUCCAGAUGCAGGAGUUUUAUCACUGAGUAAAAGUGUAAAAUAUUUUUCACACCAAACGUCCCCCUGAGAAACUAAUCCCAUCCGGAUAGGGUUAAAGUAUUGGCCUUGAGAAUCGUGUGGAAACAAGCUGAAUAACCACCAUCACUGCCUGGAUGAUAUCUGCAAAAGUGCACUAAACAGAGGCAUGAAUGUCAUAUGAACAAAAACAUGAAGGAAAUUUAGUUAAGAGUUAUGAGUCAUGAGAAGGUUACCUCUGCUAGACAACCUGUGAUAUGGUUUAAAA